UCAGGAUCCCAUGGCCCAACCUCUCGAGGAACUUGUCUGCUCCCUCGUCCCCAAAGCGAGACACGAUUCUGGCCUCAGACAAGAUCUCGUCGCUCACUGUCAAGAAAUUCUAAGCAGUCGAAUAGGGCAGGCCGUCGAUACAGAUAUUGGCUACUUAGGAGACAUAAUCAAGCGCCACUUGCUGCAGUCCUCCCCUGAUGGCACCUCGACAUUGCGAUUCACGAACCUGCUAUCUCGAUUGCUAGACCAGUCAAUUCUCACACGAAAGCAUGCGACACUUCAAUUCCUGCACUCUCUCGCUCUAUCCUCGAAACCGACUGCCCUUUCCCCCGCAUACCUCCCUUCGCUCGCUCCUCCGCCUUCGUCUAGACCAUCCUCAAAACCGAGCACUUCAGUUGAUUCAACCGCACAGGCGCGACUACCAAAGGGCAAGUCGAAGGCAGAGAUCCUGAGGGAAUACCGCGCGAAAAUCGGUCGGCCCCAUCUACUUGAACACCUCAUCCUCCGAGAUACGCUAUACCUGCUACAAGGGAUCUCCGGUAAGUAUGUCCAUUUCUCGCCGAGUGCGACGGACGACGGAAACCACGAGCUUGUAUUCACCGACGAUCCGAAAUACAUUAUCUCCACUCCGACCAGGUCUCUCGUGCACCGCCUCGCCGAAGUCGGCCACCUCUACAUGCGCGUCGACGCGUUCGUGCAGGAGCGCGAGGGCCACGGCAGCGUGGGGAUGAUCGAGCAGAGUCUCUGCCACCACUUGCAGACGCAACUGACGGAGUACUACCGGCUCAUCGCGGUGCUGGAGUCGCAGAUGGCGGUGGGGAACGCAGAUGGCGGCGGUGCAGCGGAUGGUGGGGACGGGGCGACGAGUGCGCGGGAGGAGGAAAGCGGACUGACGCUGAAGAGGUUGGAUGUGUGGAUUGAGGAGUGGAGGUUGCGGAUGCGGAUGAUGAGUGUAUGCGUCGAAGGCGCGCGAGGCGCACAUGGAGGCGCCCUCGUCAACCUCAUCCACGGCUACGCAGACAACGGCGAUCCCUUCGUGCGCAAUUUCACUGCCCAGCUCCUUGAGGAAGUGUCCAAGCCCUUCUUCGCGACGCUGCACAAGUGGCUCUUCUCUGGCGAGCUCGUCGACCCAUUCGCUGAGUUCUUCGUCGCGGUCGACCCUGAGCUCGCGCAUGUGCAGUACGCGCAGCCCGAGGGCGUCGGCCCGCUCGCGAGCGACAGCGGGUUUGGACUCGGCGGCGGUGCGGCGCAUGAGGAAGAGGAGCUGGGCGGCGAGCGCGAGGGCGGGUUGAAGUUGUGGGAAUCGAAGUAUCGGUUUCAGAAAGAUAUGUUGCCGGCAUUUGUGGGGGAGGUUUUUGGGAGGAAGAUAUUCUCGACCGGCAAGAGCCUGAACUUCAUACGGUAUAUGUGCCAUGAUAGUGACUGGGUGGCGACAAGGCAGAAGCUCAGCAACACUGGUGGAACCCUUCAAUACAGCGACAUUGCCGGCUUAGAGCGUUCGAUCGACACUGCAUACCAGAUUGCCAGUCAACGCCUCUUUGAGGUGUUCUUUGAGAAGUACAAGCUUCUCGACCACCUUCUUGCUCUGAAGCAUUACCUCUUGCUUGGCCAUGGGGACUUUAUCGAACAGCUCAUGGAGACCAUCUCCCCGAGCCUCGCCCGGCCUGCCAACACGCUUUACCGACAUAACCUCACCACGACGCUCGAGACCGCAAUGCGCUUCUCGAACGCGCAGAACGACCCGCCCGAUGUGCUGCGCCGGCUCGACGUGCGGAUGCUCGAAUACUCGCACGGCGAGAUCGGCUGGGACGUGUUCACGCUCGAGUACAAGGUCGACGCGCCAAUCGACACGGUGCUCGAUCCCGAUUCGAUGAUGACGUAUCGGAAACUGUUCGUCCACCUGUGGAAAAUCAAGCGCAUCGAGAGCACGCUGAGCACGAUGUGGAUGCGCGUUGCGGGCGGGGCGAGGACAUUCCUUCGGGUGCCGGAACUCGAUUUUGAUUGGCACCAGAUCCAAUUGGUCAUGGCGGAGAUGAUCCACUUUAUCCGCCAGAUAGAGACCUACUGCCAGCUCGAGGUGAUCGAGUGCUCGUGGAAGGUCCUCCACGAGUUCGUGCAGAGGGGCGAGGGCGACCUGGACGCGCUCAUCGAGGCGCACCACGCGUACCUCGAGCGGGUGGCGAAGAAGGUGCUCCUUCUUAAUACAAAGCCAGGACGGGAGGAGAGCCUCCUGAAGCAAGUCCUGGAUGUGUUUGCGACCAUCUUGCAGUUCCGGGAGGCUACUGACGAUUUCUAUAACUAUUGUUUGUCAGAGUCUGCGAGGAGGGAUUCGGAACGGGACGCAGAUAGGGGAGUGUAUACAUCAUCUGGAGCAGACACAAGGUACAACCCGGAUGCCGUGUACGACAUUAUAAGCCGGGUCAGAGAGUACGGGUCGUCCUUCUCAGAGCGCGUGCAGUCGGUGGUUCAAGCUUUGCAAAGUCACGCCGAUCUCGACUGCCGUUUCCUCGCUAUCCGAUUGUCUUUCUCCGACUUCUACAAAGUGAAGAAAGAUCAGCUAUCCAGAUCUUGAAUCGUGUCGUCUACCAUGCUCUUUUCGUAUGCUCUCGCUCGACCUUACGAACUCUCAGAGGAGAUAUGAUGCGCAAGUGGUAUACCCAAUUAUCUAGAACGAGAUGAUAAUGUACAGGUUGGCCAGUGUAUGGUGCUACAGAAAUAGAUUACAGUGCGUAUAGUGACAUGUGUGGUCAUAUGAUGCGAAACUCUAAUACAAAUCUGG